AUGUCUAUUAUCUGCGGUUUGCCCCUUCUCGAGUGCGUCUACUGCCUAGCCUGCGCCCGUUGGGCCUGGAAACGCUGCCUACACACAGCGGGCCACGACAGCGAGACGUGGGCCCACGCCACGCCAGAGGAAUUCGAGCCCAUUCCCAGGCUCUGCCGCUACAUACUCGCCGUUUACGAAGACGACUUACGAAAUCCUCUCUGGGAGCCUCCUCGUGGCUAUGGCAUCGACCCCGACUGCUUGAUCCUCAAAAAGAACUACGAGGACACACACGGGCUAGCGCCCCCCUAUCUGGUGUACCUAGACCACCCGCAUGCCGACAUAGUUCUUGCCAUAAGAGGCCUUAACCUGGCUAAGGAGAGCGAUUACGCGGUUUUGCUCGAUAACAAGCUCGGGAAGAGGAAGUUCGAUGGGGGAUAUGUUCAUAACGGGCUUCUGAAGGCUGCGGGCUGUGUGUUGAAUGCCGAGUGUGAUGUUUUGAUGGAGUUGGUGGAGAAGUACCCGAGUUAUACUCUGACCUUCACGGGGCACUCGUUGGGGUCAGGUGUGGCGGCUUUAUUGACUAUGGUGGUGGUGCAAAAUCGGGAUAGGCUGGGGAAUAUCGAUCGGAGAAGGGUGAGGUGCUACGCUAUUGCGCCCGCCAGGUGUAUGUCGCUUAACCUGGCGGUUAGUUUACCUUGCAUAUUAUGCCUGAGAUGUGUGAGGGAUACAUUCAUAUCCGAAGACAAAUUUCUUAAAGAUCCACGAAGAUUAUAUGCUCCUGGCCGCCUUUAUCACAUAGUCGAGAGAAAACCUUUCAGAUGUGGAAGAUUUCCUCCCGUUGUGAAGACAGCCGUGCCGUUGAUGCAAGAGAAAGACGACACGUUGGAAAUCCCGGCAAAACAAAGGAUGGAACGCCAAGAAUCUUUAGCCAAAGAGCACGUUGAGGAGUACAGAGCAGCCCUACGCCGGGCGGUGACUUUAGCAGUGCCCCACGCCUUUUCUCCCUCCAAAUACGGCACGUUUGACGAGACGGAUGACGAGGACUCACAACACUCAGGUGGGGAUUGCUCCAUUGGAUCGUCGGCCCAUAGCAGGAGACGGGAAAACUGGGACGAAAUAAUCGAGCGCCUCUUCGAGAGGGACGAGUCGGGUAAUAUGGUGCUCAAGAAAUCUAUGAUUGUUUGUUGAGAGGGCUGCAUCAUCGUUUUUGUCUCUUUCUUAUUCUUUUAAUUAAUUUGUUUUAAUAUAUAUGUAUAUUUUUUUUUUCUUUAGGUUGAGACUUGAGAGAGUGUGUGUACUGUAUAGUAAUCUGUUGUAAUGUAUGUGAAAGGGAGCAUAUAGAUAGAUUGUUGAAGGUAAUAAAUAUAUCAUUGUACAACUUGCUCUUGGUUUGCUGUAUAGAAGUUAAUUUGACUUAAGAGUAAUGCAAAUUGUUUUGGUGAU